AAAAUCAACAGGUUAUUGAAAUUAAAGAUAAUAAUUUUGAUGGAAAUAAUGGAUUAGAGAAAGACGUAACAAAUGAAUUAGAGAAAGAUGCAACAAAUGAAUUAGAGAAAGACGUAACAAAUGAUGACACAUCAUCAAACAUUCUAAACAUUCCAUUUAUUUCACGAAGAAAAAAAUCUUUUGAUAUAGAACAUUCUAAUAUUACACCGGGUAGCGUCUCGCCGUCAAGUCUAAGUAUUCAAAAGAAAAAGUCCCGUUCAUCAAAAGGAUCAUUUGAUUCGAACAUUGUAAAACAAGAAUCUGAAUUACCCUCAACUUCUAAAGAAGUAAUAAUAUUGGAAUCUGAUGAUGAUAAUGUUAAUGAUAGUUUUACAGCAGCUCCGCAUGUAACACCUGCAAUAAGACAAGGAUGCAUAUACUCGUUAAUUAUCGGAAGUAAUAUAGGUGCUUGUCUUACAAUUGUAGGUGCUUUGGCUGGAUUAAUGUAA